AUGGCCACAAGCUUUGUUCCUCCCACAGCAUCAUCAGCAACCCCCGACUUUGAUACAUCUAAAGUAGCAGGAAAUGCCCCUGAGGAAAUCAAGCGCAUUCUCGGCGACACGCGCGCGUUCUUUGCAGCGUUCCUCAAGCCAGGUCAGAAACCACUAAACAGUUUUGGGAAGGAUAUCAUGGAGAGAAUGGUAGUAACAGAGUUGGCGAUAUUGCAGAAAGCGGAGGAGCCUAGUAAAUUGGAAGGCAGGGCCGUGCUGGAGGUCGAUGUCUCUGAAGACAUGGUCAAUGGUGGAGGAAACAUUCAUGGUGGUUGCUCAGCGUUCUUGAUCGAUAUGGCAUCAUCGUUCGCUUUGACCGCAUUGACUCUAUAUGAGACAGGGAGAUUACACCCAAGUGUUUCGCAAUCCUUGAACGUGGUGUAUCAUUCUCCGGCUGCGAUAGGCGACAGAAUACGACUUGUCAACACGACCAUGACAGUAGGCAAGCGGACAGAAUCAGUGCGCACGGAAAUCUGGAAUGUGACGCAUCACAGAUUGGUCGCAUCGGGGGUACACAUUAAGAUGAUGCCUUCGAAACCAAAGGCAAAUCUAUAA